AGGGAGAGGGAGAGAGAGAGAUAGACGGAGAUGGCUUCAGCGUGUGUGUUUAACUGUGCCAUGUUCUGUGUUGUUGCAGCCAGAGAGAGUGGGACGGAGGUGGAUGGAUUGCAGCAGGAGCAGGGCCUCGUUCAGCAGGCCCUGGUGAAUGGAGACAGCCCACCGCCCCGCCACUGGCUGGGGGUCAAAUCCACCGUGCAGAUCGACAUGAGCAAGGGCCCUCCGGUGACCGGGGUCAUCCAAUGGACCGGGCACCUGCCGGGAGUGGACGGGCAGCAGGCUGGUGUGGAACUGGACGUGGACCAGGGCGUGACGGAUGGGUGCUGGCAGGGCAUGUACUACUUCCACUGCCCACCCAAGAGGGGGAUAUUCGUCCGCCUGGCCUCCUGCCAGCCCGACGCCAGGUUCCAGUCUCUCUCCCCCUCGCGGGACAACUGGCAAGAAGGCAAGGCCAUUGCCGGCAGCCGUGAGUCGUGCGUGGUGACAGAGUUGAUCGCUCCCCCCAGGGAGGAGGAGGCGGUGCGUGUCCUGCAGGGGAGGAUGCGUGGGAUCCAGGGCCACUGUAACUCCUGCUACAUGGACGCUGCACUCUUCAGCCUGUUCUCCUGCAGCAUGGUGCUAGACUCCAUGUUGUACAAGACCACUGCCCGCACACAACGCAGCUGCCAGCAGAUACUGCGUGAAGAGAUUGUCAACCCACUCCGCAGGGACGGGUUUGUGGACUGCAAGAAGGUGAUGAAUCUGCGGCAGGAGCUGACACAAGGCGGAUACUGUGCCCGGCUUCACUCCUGGCAACAGCUGGUCUGUUUGGAUAGCGUUGAGAAACCAAGCUUUCCACUGUACCUCGGUGCACAUGACAGUAAAAAACCUAAGUGCGUGUGUGUGUGUGUGUGUGUGUGUCCUUGCCUUGCAGACCCCGAGGAGUUUCUCAACGUGAUCAUGCAGCAGGUGCUGGGACUGGAGCCUCUCCUGAAGCUGAAGUCGGAGGGACACAAGGACCAGGAAUGCUACUGCCACCAGAUCUUCAUUGACCCCGACGAUGAGCUGCUGGUGCCCACGGUACAACAGCUGGUGGAACGUUCCUUCCACAGCAACCACCUCAAGCUGGCCGAGGUUCCCUCCUGCUUUAUCAUCCAGAUGCCUCGCUUUGGGAAGAGUUACAAGAUGUUUGAGAAAAUCAUCCCUUCUCUGGAACUGGACAUCACCGACCUGCUGAGUGAAAGCCCCAGGGGGUGCUAUGUGUGCAGCGAGCUGGCCACCCAGGAGUGCGAGGACUGCUUCAAAGACAAGCUCUUCUCCAAAACGGGCCUCAAGCAGUUCUGUGACAUUUGCUGGCACCAGGUUCACUCGCAGGCGUCGGGGCGCCGGUUCACGUGUCGUUGGCGCUGCGUUGCCCGACGGGGUACGAGGGCGGGCGUUGGGCGGGGGUCCCCCGCGAGCGGAUGCAACUCUUCGCUGUGCUGUGCAUCGAGACCAGCCACUAUGUAUCCUUCGUCAAGUACGGACCGCAGAACAGUGACUGGAUGUUCUUCGACAGCAUGUCCGACAGGCACGGUUCACUCGCAGGCGUCGGGGCGCCGGCACGUGUCGUUGGCGCUGCGUUGCCCGACGGGGUACGAGGGCGGGCGUUGGGCGGGGGUCCCCCGCGAGCGGAUGCAACUCUUCGCCGUGCUGUGUAUCGAGACCAGCCACUACGUAUCCUUCGUCAAGUACGGACCGCAGAACAGUGACUGGAUGUUCUUCGACAGCAUGUCCGACAGGCACGGUGGGGAGAGCGGCUACAACAUCCCAUCGGUGACGGCCUGCCCCGAGGUUGGUCAGUACAUGGACAUCCCUCCCGCGAAGCUGGCCAAGCAGAGUGGCCGCGACAUGGCGGGAGUGGCCAAACGGCAGUUCUGUGACGCCUACAUGUACCUGUACCAGAACCCCAGGAUGGCCGUGUACAAGUGACCACAUCCGCCCCCCCCCUCCACAAUCCCACCUACUCCACACACCCAGCCCCAGUGGCCCUGACGCUGGUGGUCUCGCACCUCCCACACAAGGGACUGUCUCUCCAGCUCAUCCAGCCUGGCCCAGCAUCCAGCGUCCACCUAUUCCACACACCCAGCCCCAGUGGCCCUGUCGCUGGUGGUCUCGCACCUCCCACACAAGGGACUGUCUCUCCAGCUCAUCCAGCCUGGCCCAGCAUCCAGCGUCCACCUAUUCCACACACCCAGCCCCAGUGGCCCUGUCGCUGGUGGUCUCGCACCUCCCACACAAGGGACUGUCUCUCCAGCUCAUCCAGCCUGGCCCAGCAUCCAGCGUCCACAUGCUCCACACACCCAGCCACAGUGCCAGCGAGUCUGGCCUGCUGCUGCCUUGCAGAGAAACAUACACAAUAGGUGCAGGAGUAGGCCAUUCGGCCCUUCCAGCCAGCAUCGCCGUUCAAUAUGAUCAUGGCUGAUCAUCCCCAAUCAGUACCCCGUUCCUGCCUUCUCCCCAUAUCCCCUGAUUCCGUUAGCUAAAUCUAACUCUCUCUUGAAAACAUCCAGUGAAUCGGCCUCCACUGCCCUCUGUGGCAGAGAAUUCCACAGAUUCACAACUCUCUGGGUGAAAAUGUUUUUCCUCGUCUCAGUCCAAAAUGGCUUUACCCUUUAUUCUUAAACUGUGGCCCCUGGUCCUGGAUUCCCCCAACAUCGGGACUAUAUUUUUCCUGCAUCCAGCCGCUCCAAUCCCUUAAGAAUGUAAUAUGUUUCUGUAAGAUCCCCCUCUCAUCCGUGUAAAUUCCAGUGAGUACAAGCCCAGUCGACCCAUCCUACAGUAGGGAGGGUGUCCCAGCUUAUCCAACCUGGCCCAGCGUCCGCAGACGUAUCCCCAGUGACAGUGAGUCUGGUGUCUCACACCCUACAAGGGGCAAUGUCUCCCCGUCUCCUCCAGCCCGGCCCAGCUUCCAGCGUCCAGAUUGCUUUCCCAGUCUCCUGCUUUUUAUAGGAGACUGCCAGAUUUAUAUUGCAACAGUACAUUUAUAAAUAAAGAGAUUUAUUUCA